GAGCCAUGCGCUCUUGACUCUGACUCAGACUCACGCUCACGCUCAACUAAAUUCCACGCUACGCAUCUUUUGGUGAGGUCCGGCUCCAAGUGCCAGCACACCCAUCGUCUACAUCCGCCCAUUCCCUCUCAACGCCUCGAGAGGUUGCCGAGAUAAUCUUGCGGUCACCUGGGCAUCACGAGUCUGGCCGAGCCAAGGCUUGUUCCGACAUCUCUAGAGGGCUGACCUCCGCGGCGUAGCUCAAAACAGCCCUUCGAACCUUCGCGUGACUCAUCGAUUGAUGAGUCAUCUUCCAACAGCCUCGUCCGAGGCUUCGACGAGCGUGGCAAUGACGCCAAUAAGCAGUAGCACGCUGGAAGGCCUCUUACCGAGCCGUAAUAAAGCUUCUGCUAUCGCGAGCAGCUCGCGCGUGACAUUGGAUCAGCUAAGAGCGGAGCACGUUGCAGAGCAUCAGCGUCAGAUCGCUGGAGUCAGGGAAGCGCAUGCUGCAGACCUUCGAGAACUGCACUUCAUGUUGACGAAAAUCAAUCGACUUGACGAGGACGGGUCUCCCGCUCAUCCGCCAAGUGCAGCAGAAUAUCCGAUACAGAGUGGCAGCGAGUCCUUCUUCGCUCUGUGGGAGCUCGACAAGACUAGCAAGAGCAUCAUGGAGCUGCAACUUCCCGUCAUGCCCAGCGCGCCCCUUUCGCUUUCGCUGCCUGUCAAGCUCGAGCCCUUGCGCGCUCAAAAAAGUGUAACAAGAGAGAAUACGUCGACGACACCUUCCACGCAGACUGCAACACCCCAACGUACACCGUCUGGCGGCACGAAAACAUCAGCCAGUCCAAAGAAGCCUGCUCAACCAAAGAGCGCACCUUUUGUCCCUCCCGCUUCAGUUCCUCCCCCUUCACCGAAGAAAGUUGCCGCAUCGCCUGUCAAAGAGCCUCUGGGCUCUACACUGAUCCUCCCGUCCAACACAAACACCCCGGCUAGUCAUGGCGCUGCGACGACACCCACACGAGCAGGUGCUGCACUCCCCCAGAGUGGCAGCAUCAGCGCUACCGCACAGACUUCCGCCACUCAAGGUACUCAAGCAUCUGAAUCUCUCAAUUCGCAGGGUGGUGAAGAGGAUGCCACGCAAUCCACGAGCGUCACGGUGCCAAGCGUGGGGUUGGGCUCCCAGACUACAGUGAUCCCGUCGCAGCCGCCGCCCAAGUCAGAUCCCUCGGCGGCGCUUCUCGCGGCUGGGCGAGGCCUGCUGGAGGAGCAGAUGCAAGAGGACACUCUAUCGGGAGACUUACUGCCACUGCAUCCGACUUUGCAGCAACUAGCACCGAAUCCGCUAUCCAUUACCUACGCUUCCUCACUUCGCCCAUUACCUCCGGAUCCUUUCCGACGAUAUACAGGCCAAGGGAUUUCGGGAGGUCAGAUUCACCACAAGGGUGCCAAGAAGGCGGUGCAGCUUCCUCAAACUCGUCAGGGAGUGCCUCCACCCUCUGGGCCGGCAGGAGCAGGACCUGCUGAUCUGUGGCAAUGGGCUGUGCGAGCGAGAGCGAGCCCGUGUGCUGGGCUGGUAGGAAAAGCGGACAAGUGCUUGAUGACGACGGACUGGCGCGCCGCUUUUUCAGAGCAGCGCUUCAUUCGCGCAAUGACGCGCAUCGAGAAGCUCAAGACGCGCGGCGAGUGGAGCUUCCGCCAACCGAAGAAGCAGAAAGGACCGCACAUUCGCAAAGCGCACUGGGAUCACUUGCUAGAAGAGAUGCGCUGGAUGCAGACAGACUUUCGAGAAGAGAGGCGCUGGAAGACUGCAGUUGCUUUUCAUUUGGCUCAUGCAGUCAAGGCGUGGCAUCAGGCGAGGACACCUGCUGCUAGAAAGGCAAUGUGCAUAUCUCGAAGUCCGAUCGCACGUCUGUCGACGCCCUCUGAGGAUGUUGAGUUCACCGACGUCCAGAAUACAGCGCAGCAGGUCAAGCGAGAGCGCGACGAACAGGACGUUGAGAUGGAGAUCACCGAUGUCAGGCCCCACAAGGAACCCAAGGUCAAGUCAGAGCCUGGGCUUGGACAAUCUGGGGAGGGUUCUGUUGAAGUAUCCACUGCUGAUGCGCGCCGAGAGGAAGACGCGGACGCCGAGGGCGAGGAGGAUGCUGAUGCUGAAGGUGAAGAUGAUGACGCAGAGGCGGAUGCAGACGCAGAUGCAGAUGCUGAGGCAGACGACGUCGACCGAUCACUGGCCUUGGAGCUCGAUCGCGAGCGCGACUCGAAGUCGGAUUUGCCUCCGGUGACUUUCGUCAAGGAGCCGCUGGCCCCUCAAGGACCUCAGCCUGCCCUCAGCGCUUCAGAAGCUGUGCAGGCCAACAGCAACAGUCAAGCAGACGGGGUCAUGGGCGUGCGCAGUGACGUCGCGCUUCGCGACACCACGUUGGCCGAGGCUUUGCCGCCGAACCUUGCAUCUCUGGCACGCGGUCCCGUCUUCUCGUUGGACGUGGGAGCAACCACGAUCUCGGCAAGUGCAAUCGUUCAGGAGCUGGACAAGCAAGUUGCUGCCACGGCGUUGGGCUUGGAAGUGGAAGAUUUGCCAUCUGACAUAGACAUCGAUCAGAUCACCGUAUCGAGCUUGUUUCCCGAGCUACCUCUGUACGACGCCCCCGCCGAGCCGGACGAGUCCGGCAAAAAUGAUCGUCGCUGGGAUGAUGGGAGUCUUAAUGCGCCACCUCGCCUCACUCACGUCAGUCGAUUGCUGGACUCUAAGCCGUUGCUCGUUACUACCCUGCAGCCCUCGAAAAAUCGUGCGAUGGGCAGAUGGCGUGAAGACAGCGAUUGGAUGAUCGCGUCCUCACUUGCAGAUCCAAAUAAGGGCGUGGUUCCGGAACUUGUCGAUAUCCCAUUGCAACCAGGCUCGUUCAUAUUUGCACGCAAAAGCAACAAGGCUUCUCGCGAGAUUGCGAACGUUGGCGGAACUCCAGCGGCACCCAGCAAUGCGGAUUCUCGAGCUGCGCUUUUCAUGUGGAGCAACGAGGAAGACGAGUAUCUUGCAGCGCUCGUCCGGCAGUACGGCACGCAUUGGCUGCUGAUUUCGGACUUGUUCAACUCCACACGCCUUGCUGUACCAACGGAUAAGCGCGAAGCGUGGGACUGCUACGAUCGCUGGCAGCGGCUGCAGAAGGCUGCUGAUGAAGGCAAGACGCUUCCGCCGACUCCGGUGUUACCCGCAUCUGCGGAGAUAAGCGCAUCGAGCAGCGAGUCCGGGCCAGGCUCCUCAACGUCUUUCGCGAUGAAGCGCGACAAGAUCAAGGCGAAGCUGGGACAGAAGUAUGACGGGUCGCGAAGGAAGAUGCGCCAAGGCAACAUUGGAGACGUCAUGCGCAAGUGUGCUAGGAAGCGCGACGCCCUCGCGAAGCCCAAGGCGGACCAAGCGGCUCAGCGCAAAGUCAAUUUGAACAUGCACGAAACCCACUCUCAGUUUAAGCCUGGCAGAGUUCUCACUCCUCAGGAGCUGAGCAACGCCAAGGCUGACAGGGACGAACAGAAUCUUCGCCAGUACUAUGCAAUGCAGCAGCACCGGGAAAGAGAGCGACUGCAAGCCCAGCAAGCGGCAAUGGCAGCCUCCAAUCAACAGCAACAAGCUGUCCAGCAGCAGCAACAGACGCAGCAACAGCAACAAGCACGUGGAGUUCCUCGACAGUCACAAGGGCCACCGUCUUCGCAGCCUCCGACCCAACAAGUUCAGCUUGCAGCGCCAGGCCAGCAGCAGCAACAGCAACCCAACGCUGGCAGUCCCAAUGGUCGAGCUACCCCUCAACAGCAAACGCAGGCCGCACGUGCGCAGCAGCAGCAGCGUCUCAGCCUCUCACAGCAGGUACAACAGGCUCAUAUGCAGCAACAGCAGCAGCAGCAGUCACAGCAGGGAGCGCAGCAAGCGCCUGGUGGCCGGCCCUCUACGCCGCAGGGUGUGCGACCACCCCCACACAGCGUUGCGACCCCGAUGAGUGGUGCGACGUCGCUGGCUCAGAACGUGAGCGCGCCUCAGUUCCGACCGCCGAACAUGCAAGGUCAACCACUUGUUCAGCCACAGCAGCAGCAGCACUUUGGUUCUGCAGCGGGUACUCAGUCGCCCGUCACGGUUAGACCACCCAACAACGGUCAAGGUCAAGCGCCGCAACCACUGCCUAGCCAGCUGGCGUCUUUGCAGGCCAGUCUGACACAGAGCUUGACAAGUUCAUCGUCGAAUUUCACGCAGGAGCAGAUACAAAAUCUCGCUCAGCAGCUCUGGCGACAAUCCCAAGCUCAGCAACAGCAGCAACAGCAGCAGCAGCAGCAGCAGCAAGCAGCGCUGCAAGCUCAGCUCGCCUCGUUCCAGCAACAGCAGCAGCAAAUGGGUCAAGGACAGCUGCCUCAGCAGCCGCAGCCGCAGCAGCAAACGCAGCAGCAACAACAGCAGCAAGCCCCGAUGCAGAUGCAGGGGCAGUCGCAACCUCAGCAACAGACUCAGCAAUCGGCGCAACUGGCGCCAGCCAAUGCGCAAACCGCGCAGCGGCCACCACAGCACGUGCGACCUGGCGGCGGGGUGCAGCGACCAGUUCAGCAGGGACAGCAGGUCAGACCAUCGGGGCCUGGCAAUUCUCAGGCCAAUACGGGUGUGCCUCGACCUCAACGACCACCGCAAAACGCUUCUAAGCCUGCAUCAGGUGGACAAGCCGUGAGACCCGGUUCAAAGUCAGCAGCAAGACCUGCCUCUGGAGCUGCCCAACCAAGGCCGCCGCAACAGAAUCCUCGCCCUGCCGCUAACGUGCCAACUCCUAGGCCGAAUCCAUGAACUUGGGUGGAGAGCCGAGGAUAUAUAUGGGAAGCCAAGCUACCAUAAAGUAGCACGUACAUCCGCAGAUGACAAUCGUGAUUACGUCAAUCACUUUGAGCAUGGAAGUCUGUGUAUUACGUUGCGCCUGAGUAUGCUGAGACGCUUCGAAGAGCCCUCGCCCUUCGUCUGCUUCCCCG